AUGGGUUGUAUAAUUCGACGUUUUCUAUCGGCUAGUUCUUUUGAAACGUUGAGAUACCCUGUAGACGAUAAACCUAGCCAACUUGAUAGUGCCAAAGCACCACGUCGACAAGAAUAUGAUGACGAUCCAGUGCCAUUGCGAGCGCCUCGUGCUCCACCUGUGCCUCAUAAACCUCUACCGAAACCAGCAUCUCAGAUGGACUCAUCGCGCGUACAACUUCAUACUCCCAUCUAUAUUGGUAUACAGGAGUAUCAGAAAGAGAACCUUAACGAAAUAUCGUUUGAGAAAGAUGACGAGAUGGAACUGAUCGAACAGGUCAAUUCUAAUGAAUUACGUGUUAAUCAUCUUCGUUCUGGCUCGUCUGGAAUCAUUCCCAAAACGCACGUUCGCAUUGAUGUUGACACACCGCUUCGCCUAGCUGUCAAAGAAUCUGGUGUCAUUCAACGUUGUCUUCUGCAUUACAAUAUACCCGGUACUUAUCUCAUUCGACGCAGUACAAAUACUCCAAAUGCGUUCGUUCUAAGUAUUUCACAAAUUAACGAAAGUUAUAAUACUUUGACAUGGCAUUAUUUAAUUUCUAUCAAUCCAUCGAAUAACUGUUUCUAUUUUUCUCAAGAAGCUCAACUUCAAACACUCACUUUCACGUCAUUUCAACACUUGAUCGCUGACGAACGUAUCCGUGCUGUUAUUCCUCUCACUGAGAUUAUUCCAUAUUCGAUUGAAUUCGACGAGGAAGUUUGGAAUAUACCAUAUAGGGAGCUAGAAAUUGAAGACAAAAUCGGCGAAGGUCAAUUUGGUGAAGUAUAUCGUGCACAUUGGCAUAAAGGUCAAACUAUUACUCCUAUCGCUGUCAAAAAAUUGCACAUCUCGGGAAUUACGAGUACGAUCAAACGAGAAAUCGAAGCAAUGAAAACGUUAACGAAUCUGUACAUUGUCACAUUGUAUGGUAUUUCUCAGAAUCCGACUACAAAUGAACUUCUUAUUGUGACUCAACUAAUGGAGAAUGGCGAUCUAAAAACAUGGCUGAAAAAUUUACAAACUCUACCGAAAUAUUCGACGCUCGUACACUUUGCGAAAGAUAUCUCGUGUGGAAUGAACUAUUUGGAGGUUCGGAACUAUGUACAUCGUGAUCUUGCUUGUCGAAAUAUUCUUCUCGGACCUUGCGGAAAAAAGAUCAAGAUCGCUGACUUUGGUUUAUCAACGAUUGUCAGUCCAACUGAUGCCGCUCUACGCCAAGAAGCACAUUCACAAAAGUUGCCAACACGUUGGUUAGCACCAGAAUUGCUUCAUAAUCAAGCAGCUUAUUCGAUCAAAUCAGAUGUCUGGGCGUUCGGAAUAGUUUUAAUUGAACUUUGGUUAAAGGGAGGUGAUCCGUAUGGAAAUGAACAUCGAGCAUGGAUUCAGAGCGCAGUGAGUACAGGUCAUGUCCAUGAAAAACCAACAGACUGUCCGGAUGAUUUCUACGAAUCAGUUAUACAUAAAUGCUUGCAAUUUCAGGCCAAUGAUCGACCGAGUUUUUCAGCUCUCAGACAAUUAUUAGAAAAAUGGCAAUGUCAUUAA